AAAAAAGCCGGAGUCUUUGUUUCUUCUUUACCAAAGCCCCUUCUACUCGUGAAUUUCUUUCGAUGGAAGUCCGGCAAAUCUAACCCGUUUUAUGUUCCCUUUUUCUCAAUCAUGGACUUUCCUAGCCCGCCUUCAAUGCGGGUUUUGACCCGCCCACCUCCUUCGCCCGUACCCACUUCUUCGAAUCCGCCCCCUCCGUUACCACCUUCCUCUCCUUCACUUCCCAGCUCUCCCGACGGUGUCGUUGUGGUGGGUUUCAUAUCUCGGAGACCUGACAACUCUUUCCAGCUCAUUAACAGAGUUGUAGACUCCAACGUGUUCGGGUCAGGUCAAAUGGACCGGGUUUUGUCUCUUGACAACGAUGAACAAAAGGAUUGGUUCAAGCAUAGGAGGAUUAGUUACUAUCAUGAAGAAGAUAAAGGGAUUUUGUUCUUGCAGUUUUCUUCAAAUGGAUGCCCGGUUUUUGAUGGGUCAAUGGCUUCCGGGUCAGAUUUUGAUGGGGUUUUAGAGGAACGGGAGUUCGGGGAUCUUCAAGGAUUGCUUUUUAUGUUUUCUGUGUGCCAUUUAAUCAUAUACAUUCAGGAGGGAUCUUGCUUCAAUACUCAAAAUCUGAAAAAAUUUCGGGUGUUGCAAGCUGCUAAGCAUGCAUUAAUACCAUAUGUAAAAUCUCGAACAUCACCAUUGCCAUCAAGGCCUCAUUCUUCGUCGUCUUCUCGCACUUCAGCAACACCAACUGCUGCCAACACUUCUCCAGGUAGAACUGGUGGCAUGUUGGGUCGCAAUGCUGCAGCUAUCUCUCUCAUGUUAGGUGUAGGUUCCUAUACGUCUUUGUUCCCAGGCCAGUGUACCCCGGUGAUGCUAUUUGUUUUCAUUGAUGAUUUCUCUGAUGUACCAAAUUCUAAUGCUAAUAACAUCGAGGAGUCAGUAAAGGCAUCCUCACUUAAUCAUUCUUCUAAUUCAAGCAGUUUAGCAAAGCCAGCCUUGCCCACAAAAGGUUCUGCUUCUGUAGUAGUGUUGGCACGUCCUGCAAGUAAAUCUGAAGGUGGUUUCCGGAAGAAACUGCAGUCAUCCCUUGAGGCACAGAUUCGGUUUUUAAUUAAGAAAUGCCGAACACUAUUGGGUUCAGAAGGCAGCCACAGUGGGUCAAGAAGUGCGAGUGUUUCAAAUUUAGCCCCUCUGUUUUCGCUUGAUGCAUCCAGGGCUGUUGUGCUGCUGGACAAGUCAACAACUAAGAAAGGGGAAUCUCUGGAGUUUGCCACUGGUCUUGUGGAAGAUGUUUUGAAUGGAAAAGCAACUUCAGAUUCCUUUUUGCUCGAAACUCAUAGUCAGAGUUCAAACAAAGAAGAUCUAUCAUCUUUGAAGGAAUUUAUCUACAGGCAGUCAGAUAUUUUGAGGGGAAGAGGGGGAUUGACUAACACCAAUAGUGGCCCUGCUGCUGGUGUUGGUAUGGUGGCCAUUGCUGCCGCCGCCGCCGCUGCCUCAACUGCCUCUGCGAAGACGUUGACUACGCCUGAACUCCCAACUUUAGAUAUAUGGCUGUCUUCUAGUCGGCUUAUUUUGAAUGGACUACUAUCUGCAAAGCGUGGUUGUAUAGAUGAAACUGAAAUUGGUAAAAGAAAACCUCGUCGAAGUACUACUUCUGACGAGGGUGAAGGGGUUGCUUCUAGAAGCAGCGACUCUCUAGAUAUUGCAGUAUCUUGGUUGGAAAGUGGGAAAGGGCUUAACACAAAGUUCUCUAGUUUGUGGUGUGAAAGGGCCCUUCCAGCUGCAAAAGAGAUUUAUUUGAAAGACUUGCCUGCUUGUUAUCCCACAUCACAGCAUGAAGCUCAUUUGGAAAAGGCUCUGCAUGCUUUUCACUCUAUGGUCAGGGGACCUGCAGUGGAACUGCUUGCAAAGAAGCUGGAGGAAGAUUGCACCUCAAUGUGGAAAUCUGGAAGACAACGUUGUGAUGCUGUUAGUUUGACUGGAAAACCAUGUUUGCACCAAAGACAUGAUGUUGAGGCAGGUGAGUUGCCUUCAGGAGCUUUGAUGAAACCUCAUUCAAGUGGAUAUGUCUUUCUUCAUGCUUGUGCUUGUGGUCGGACGCGGCGAUUGCUAUCUGACCCUUUCGAUUUUGAAUCGGCGAACAUUUCCUUCAAUUCCUUUCCUGAAUGUGACAAGCUUCUGUCAGCGCUCCAACUACCAGAAGUAAGCAGCCAAGGACCAAUUCAACCAUCUUCCUGGAGUUUGAUUCGUAUUGGCAGUGCAAGGUACUAUGAACCUUCUAAAGGCUUACUUCAGAGUGGGUUCAGUACCGGUGAGAAGUUUCUUUUAAAGUGGAAAAUAGUUUUAGAGAAACAGAAAACCCCAAAUGGCUUAUCAACAAGAUCUACACAACUUGGUUCUGUGGGUAGGUCCAGUAGAGAUCCUAAGGCUGAGACUAAUGCUGAUGUUCAAUUGAAGAAGGCUAAUUCCACAGAGGUCUGCUCUGGAGAAAGAGAGAAUGUUGUUGAAAAUCCAAAAAAAACCUGGGAUAUCAGCAAGUUAAAUGGUAACAAGAUCAGUUUUGGUAGAGGCCUUCCCAAUUUCAUGAUGAAAAAACCUUUUUCGGAAGUUGUUGCUGGAUCAGCAGCUGCAGAUUCAGGAUUCCCUCCUCUUCAGCAGAGGAAACAGCCUUUAUCAGGGAUAGAAAAAGGAACAAAGAAACAUAAGGCAAGUGCUCUCAGUUUGGAAGGGGCUCAUUCAACUGUUGAUCAAGGAUCUCAAAAACCCAUACAGAUGUCAUCUGUUACUCCAAACUUGAAUCAAGUAAUUUCUGAUGCUAGCGCUGAUAGUGAUCCUUUUGUACGAAUUGGCAGUAAUUUUGUUCCUGUGAAUAUGAGCAAUGAUGAAAAGGCAAAACUGAACUCUAAGAUGAAGCAUGUGAUGGCAUAUGUUGGUUUUGAGCAUGAGUGCCCUCAUGGCCACCGUUUCUUAUUGAACCCAGAGCAUCUCAACCAACUUCAGCCCCCAUAUUCAUUGUUUGAAGAAUGCUCUGUGGAAGCUUCAGACCUCACAUCAGCAGAUUCUUCAACAGUGGGCAAGAACAAUGGGCAGGGUAAAGUUCAUCGGAAUACAAAUGGUAUUAAAGUUGCUUCUGUAAAUAAGGUGAAAAACAAGGAUGAGGCAAAAAAGGUGGUGGGAAAUAGUAACGUCAUCAAAGAUGGGCUGCCGCUACUUCCUAUGCGUGAAGAGCAUAAUCAAACAUCUAAGAAUGUAGCAGAUCUGCCUGUCGCUGUAAGAGACCUUGAAAAAGGCUUCCAUUCUGUUAGCCUCGAUGAUGAUGGAUCCUCUUUCUCCAUGGUAAAUAGAGAUUUACCAAUAUACCUGAAGUGUCCACACUGCAGGUCUAUCAGGAAUAAAAAAGAACCGUCAAAGGUUAAGUUUGCAAGCACAAUAUCGCAGCUUCAGAGAAUUUUUCUGGUCACACCUCCCUUUCCUGUUGUUUUGGCAGCUUGUCCAGUUAUACAGUUCAAGGCAUCUUGCUUACCCUCAUCGGUUCCAGACCGCGAACAAAAGUUGCAGUUCAGCCUUGGAUGUAAAGUGAUCUUACCACCAGAGAGUUUUCUUGUACUGAGACUGCCAUUUAUAUAUGGUGUACAAGUGGAUGAUAAAAGUGUGCAUUCUCUGAACCCAUCUGAAGAUAAACCUGAAGAUACUGGUUGGAUUGUUAGGGGCACAGCUUUGCAACUUAUGUCCAAAGGAAUUGGUCUGAAUGAGGGGUUUUACAAAUAGUUGAAGUCGCGGAACCUAGAAUGUCUAAAAUCGAUAUUUGCAAACAAUGAUGAAUCUGCAGAGGCCGAGUUGUGUGACCACCUCCUUCUAGACUCAGAGCAGUGAUAUUCAUGCAUUUGGUAAUUAGUGAUGUUGAUAAGAAAGCAGAGGUAAAUUGCUAAUGUUUAGUCAUUCUCAGGUGGCUGGUGCUCUCAAGUGGGGCUUCGUGGUGAUGUGUAUGUUCUCUAUGCCCUGACUUACCUUCUUUUGCCUAUACUCUAAAAGAUGAUGGUUAUUGCAGCUUGUGGAUUGACUGGAGUGGGCU